AAGACGGACCUGGGAACUCUGGGUUCAAAACCGUAUUUACCCAAAACCACAUCGCCUAAAGUAUAAGGAGAUGAAAAAUCAGUGUGUAAAAUGUUUACUUUCUUUCAUGUUGGCCCUCAUGGCUCCGCACUGUUUCUCAACCGUCCUGAUGAAGAGGACACCCGAGCAGCUCGCCCUGCCCAGAGUCACCUGCUCUGCCCGGAGGAUAAGAGCUGUGUUUGACCCGCUAGUCAAAAGUAACAUACAUGUUCAAGACAUGGCAGGGGCCACAAUCCCAGUGCCCCAAUCUGAGGGGUCCUGUGGAGUGAGACUGGGCAGAGAGAAAAACCAGAGCCUGUCUGUCUUCAGCAGAUAUGACAGCUGCUAUUCACAGAUUAAGGGAAGCAGAGUAGUCAUAUCUCUGCAGGUACAGCUGACGGGAGAGGGCCGAUGGUUCCGGGUAAAUAUCAGCUGUCCUCUGAUAAAGAGAGCCAGCGAGAGGACUCGACUUAUCCCAAAACCGUUACCUGGAAACUGUGACAUAGAAAGAGCUCUACGAGUGGACUGUGGCCCCCAAAGAAUUUCCAAAGAGGCCUGCUACAAACUGGGAUGCUGCUAUGAUGCUCAUGAUUCAACCUGCUACUACAGACUGAAUGCCUGCUCUCUGGAUGGACACUUUGUGUUCUCAGUAAAGGCUACAGACACAGACUCGCCCAUCGAUCCCAGCAACCUCAUAGUUAAGGAUCAGCCACAGUGUUUCCCUGUGGUCACCACCCCAGACACGGCUGUUUUCAAGAUUGCAGUCAUGGAGUGUGGUGCAAAGAUGAAGGUAGAUGGAGAUGUUAUGAUCUAUGAGGUGGAAGUGGAGGAGCUGCAUAGUAAAAGUAUCACCAAUAACUCACCAUUUGGUCUCCAGGUCCAGUGUGAAUAUGAGGUGUCAGAUUUAAAGCGCGCAGCAGAUUUGCGGUCCUUGUAUGCAGUGACCAACCCGCCGCCUGUGGUUGCACAAGGAACCUUCAGAGUGCAGAUGAGGAUAGCCAAAGAUGCAUCCUUCACAUCCUUCUUUUCUGAGGACCAGCUUCCUCUGACCUUGCCCUUGCGUAAAGCUGCGUAUGUUGAGAUCUCCAUCGCCCAGCCGUCCCCAGACCCUACGCUUUCCCUGCGUGUACGGGAUUGCUUUGCAUACCCUGCGUCUAGACACUCUGUGUGGACGCUUCUCUAUGACGGAUGUCCCAACCCUCUGGAUAACAUGAGAAGCUCUCUCCCUGUGGACAACCAAGGGAAGACCACCUCCCACUCCCAAGUCAGGAGGUUUGAUGUCAAGACCUUUGCUUUCUUGGACCCUCAUACAGGCCAUCCAAGUGUAGAGGAAAUGUACUUCUACUGUUGGGUGGAGAUCUGCACCAACACUGUUGACUGUGCACAGCGUUGCGCCAUCAUUUCAUCUGAGGGUGACAGACAGAGAAGACAGGCAACGUCAGAGUCCGACCAGGUCCAGCUGGUCUCUUUAGGGCCACUGCUGCUGGGACACAACAACACUGAACUAGAGGACAAUCUGUGUGUGAAACAGAACACAAUGUUUCAGGUGACCGUGUAUAUGCUCUCGGGUGUUGGUGCAGCCCUGCUAUUGAUCCUGCUGUUCACUACAUGGUCAAAUAUCAGGAAGUGGCAGAAGUCAAAAGCACAGCAAGCUCGUGGUGCACAGCUUGACCGUGAACAAUCUCAAUAAAACACAUUGCACAUUCAAA